AUGGCUGCUUCAAAAUCCAAAACUUCUACCACUUCUCACACAACCAUAUCUUCCGCAAUUCGACGACGUGAUCGUUCUGAAAUAGACACAACUGGCCGCCGUUCAAUUUUCCAAGUACGUGGCGUUUCAUACCCGUUACGACGACGUGCAAAAUCCAAUAAACAAAAUUCCCAAAUCGAAAACAACGAUAACGAAAUUUCCGAAGAAGUCAUUCGAAUUCUUGAAUCAUGUAUUGACAUAAUUGAAGAAAAGGUAAAUACCUUAACCAAAUCCAUUAUCAUUCAGAACUCUUCGAAACAGAUUUCUGAUAAACCGAGUACUAAAGAAAGUAAGUUUUCGGCGUUGAGCAUCGACGAAUUAUUGAAGUUAACACGGGAUUUGGGUUUAAUUAAUAAAAGUUCUUUUAUAGAGCAGCAAAACGAAGAGCAGAAACUAAAAUUACAGCCAAGUCAAUUUGAAUUUGUCUUUAGUUUAAAUGAUUUUAAUAUAUUCGACAAGCGAAAUAUGGUUGUAAAAUUCGGAAAUUCUUAA